ACAAGCGGGUGUUGGGGAAGGUUUCUUUCUGUUUCCAUAGACACUGAAGCCGUGAGGGGCCGUCGGUGGAUGGGGAGUGGGAUGGGGAGUCUCGGAGGGCGAAGACUAGGUCUGAGUCGUCUCUGGGAGAAACCGGGGAUUGCAGACCGGUCAGCCUUCUCCGGGAGGCACCCGCCCCCCGCCUUCCCCUCCCCCUUCGGCUCUGCUUUAGCUCUGCGUUUAGGACAUUGGGGUACCGGAGAUUUAGGGCAAAACAGAUGUUCUUUGGAAAUAGCAGUCGCGUGGGGAACAAAUUUCGAAUUCGAAAUUCUCCCCUGGGGCAUGAGUGUCUCUGGGUGCGCGUUUGUGUGCUUUCUAGUUUCGCGGUUCACGCGUCUUGGGCCCAUAACAGCCACCCCGUCAGAAAGGGCAAAGCCCGCCAAAUCCUCUCCUGACCUAAUUGGUGCCGAGCUUUAGUUCCUGUCUGGCCACUUAUAAAAUUUUGUACCUCAAAAUCUGUCCCCGAAUCUCUCCAUGAAACAGAGAUUAGGAUUAACCAUAUUUCUUUAAUGUACACUAUCGCAAUCACCAAGGUUUGAAGCCCAAAGCAGAUGACUCUGGCUCUUUUCCAUCCACAGAAUACCUAGAGGAUGGUCCACACUAUGGUGGUCCACCUUCUUCCCUGCUUAAUGCCUCCACCCUAGUUAAUCUUAAUCCUCUUUUUUUCUUUGGUGAUAGUUUCCCAAUGUAACCACCAUGUUACAGGGUUAUUAUUUCUUGGGCAAAUCCUGAUUAAGUCACUCAACUAAAAAGGAAAAAAAAAAAAACCCAUAGAUUCUUGGUUGCUUAGCAGAUAAAGUGAAAACGCUAGACCCAAGCAUCCUCCACUUGAACCAGCCAGAUACUGUCUCUGGUCUCAAAGGAUGCUUUUUGGACUCACCUCUCCUAGCUUCCUGUUGUCCUUUGGUGCCUGGGAAAUAGUCCCCCCCCACCUUUUUUUUUUUGCCUGUCACAUUAUGGCUCUUGGAUGGCCUCUUUCAAGAAUCUGAUAAGCAUGCAAGCAGACUUUAGCCUCCAAAUUCUGUCUUAAAUCCUUGAUUCUCGUUCAUUCAUUCAGCCAUUACUAUCUUAAGUAAUGUGUGCCAGGCCCUGUGCUAGGUGCUGGGUUGGGCAAAGUCUGGCAUGACUGGAGGGGAUGCUGGCAGCAAAAGCCUUUCUAGAGCAACAUGCGACAGAAGAUUUGUGAUGGUCCAGGAAUAGAAAGUACAGUGGUGCUAAGCACCAUGGCGGAACAGGAUGUGGAGAAUGAGCUUCUGGACUAUGAGGAAGAUGAGGAGCCCCAGGCGCCUUCAGAGAGCACUCCAGCUCCCCCUAAGAAAGAUGUCAAGGGUUCCUACGUCUCCAUCCACAGCUCUGGCUUCCGGGACUUUCUGCUGAAGCCAGAACUCCUGAGGGCCAUAGUGGACUGUGGCUUUGAGCAUCCAUCUGAGGUUCAACACGAGUGCAUUCCUCAGGCCAUCCUGGGCAUGGAUGUCCUGUGCCAGGCCAAGUCAGGGAUGGGCAAGACAGCAGUCUUUGUGCUGGCCACCCUGCAGCAGAUCGAGCCUGUCAACGGACAGGUGACAGUCUUGGUAAUGUGCCACACACGGGAGCUGGCCUUUCAGAUCAGCAAGGAAUAUGAGCGCUUCUCCAAGUACAUGCCCAGUGUCAAGGUGUCUGUAUUCUUCGGAGGUCUCUCUAUCAAGAAGGACGAGGAGGUGUUGAAGAAGAACUGUCCCCAUGUCGUGGUAGGGACUCCGGGCCGAAUCCUAGCACUUGUGCGUAACCGGAGUCUCAACCUGAAGAAUGUGAAGCACUUUGUGCUGGAUGAGUGUGACAAGAUGCUGGAGCAGCUGGACAUGCGGCGGGAUGUACAAGAGAUCUUCCGCUUGACACCCCAUGAGAAGCAGUGCAUGAUGUUCAGUGCCACCCUCAGCAAAGAGAUCCGGCCCGUCUGCAGGAAAUUCAUGCAAGAUCCCAUGGAGGUGUUUGUGGAUGAUGAGACCAAGCUCACACUACAUGGGCUGCAGCAAUACUAUGUCAAGCUCAAAGACAGUGAGAAGAACCGCAAACUCUUCGAUCUCCUGGAUGUGCUGGAGUUUAACCAGGUGGUGAUCUUUGUAAAGUCAGUUCAGCGCUGCAUGGCCCUAGCCCAGCUCCUUGUGGAGCAGAACUUCCCAGCCAUUGCCAUCCACAGGGGCAUGGCCCAGGAGGAGCGACUGUCACGCUAUCAGCAGUUCAAGGACUUCCAGCGGCGGAUCCUGGUGGCCACUAAUCUGUUUGGCCGAGGCAUGGACAUUGAACGAGUCAACAUCGUCUUCAACUAUGACAUGCCUGAGGAUUCAGACACCUACCUCCAUCGGGUGGCCCGUGCGGGUCGCUUUGGCACCAAAGGCCUGGCUAUCACUUUUGUGUCUGACGAGAAUGAUGCCAAAAUCCUCAAUGAUGUUCAGGACCGGUUUGAAGUGAAUGUGGCAGAACUUCCUGAGGAAAUUGAUAUCUCCACAUACAUUGAGCAGAGCCGGUAACCAUGUGCUGGCAGCCAGGAAAUGCCUUACUUCCCAAAUGCUUCUUCAGGUCCUCUUUCUAGGCAACAGUAGGUCUUUCUUUUUAUUGUUGAGAAGCUGUAGAUUUGUGUAAGAAUAAAUUUUUAUUAUGGAAGCCUGGCUCCCACCUUGUGUAAUUCUGUU